GAAGAAUUCAACGUUACCUAUCGAAGUAAAUACAACAGACAUUGCGGGCAAGGAUGAUCAUUCUGCCUCUGUUUCAAAUGAGGAGCGAUAUAAUGAAAAUAAUGAAAAAGUAGACAUACCCUCCAUAAAUAGUAAUUUAAAUGUUUCUGUUUCAUCAAGUACGAAGGAUAUAAAUCAAAUUGAGAAUGGAAAUGUGUAUAAUAGACGUUCAACAGAUAGUUUAAUACUUGAAAAUCAUGUAAGUAGCAAAUGUGAAACAGAUGGGGUUAAGGAAUCUGAUACAGAUUCUAAAGUUGAUGAAAGUAGUUUGAAAGGCGACGAUAUAGAAUUUCAUGAAAAGACCUCAAAUGAAGAUUCUCAAGGGAUUGAUAUGAUAGACGGUAAAGCAUCAUUUAUUGGUGAAAAUUCAGUAGAGUUUCAACUGAUUAUUGAACAGAGAGAACGUCAGCUUAUGAAUGCCACAGAGCAAAAUGCAUUAUUAAAUGAUACGGUAGAAAAGCUUAGAUUACAAUUACAAGAAUUGGAAGAAAACAAGGUUGAAGAAUCAAAAAUUACAAAAAAUCAUUUAGAAG